CCGCAAAUCUCAACAGCCGUCAGCACUUCACCAGCAGCUCAAAAGAUAUCACAAAUUUGUCAGGGGGCAAAAAAAAAAAAAAAAAAAAAUCGAGGAAGGGAGACAGAAAUCAGAAUGAGGAAGUUCGAUCCGUGGGCGGUGUUCUUCAGGAGAGAAUGGAAUCGCAACUGGCCCUUCCUCGCCGGAUUCGCCAUCACCGGCGCUCUCAUCACCAAGUUCACCGCUGGGCUCACUGAGGAGGACGCGAAGAGCUCGCGAUUUGUUCAGGAGCACAACAGGUGAACUCCGAAUGGUUCUGGAACAAGGUUAUGCUUCUCCACCUGCUGAUAUCAUGCCGAUUACCGUCCUUAUUUUCCUGCAUCAUUAAGUUAGACAUGGUUGUUUAUGUAUUAUGUCCUUUUUCUUAAUGAAACUGAAAUAAUGGAUUCUUGAAUGGUGGUACCAUUUCCUUGUGCUUUUGGAGCUCAGUUUAUAAAUCAUAAGAAACUUUUAACUGCAA